GGUCUUCGUCGUUAGGUCUUCACUGAACCAUGGCGAGGAAGACGACAGGAAUGUGCGGCGGAGUCAGACGACAAGCAAACAUCGGAGCUUUUCGCUCCCCGCUUAUCGAUGAGAUUUCUUCCAGGGAUUCCCGGCAUCAAGUCGCCGACUUGUCCUCUACAGCACCUGCGCUUGAAUCGGACAUGUGGAUUUGUUUCGGCUCCUUUCCUCCGGUUCCUUUAUUUCCCGCCGUUGAGAAGAAUUUUGGAUCGGCAAAUCGCUUUCCAAGGAAGAUUUUUGGACCCACCCCAACACAAGAUGAGGCGAAGGAGAAGUGCUCGUCUCUGAAGGGGUCAAUCGAAAAGGUCUCCUACCAACCAAAUCCAAAGCUGGACUCUCGUGAGGACUGCCAGAGAUCAGUCGGGGAAACCAGAACAGCAUAUAAACAACCAAAACAUAUUUCUCAAAUGUUUUCUUUGCUGCACCAAAGUUCCGAAGUACAGGAUGUUGUUUCCUCAAUUGCCAAAGAUGAGUGCGUUUUUGAGGCUGUGAUGAAAAAUGAGAUGGUCGCUGAGUUCUUGAAAAAUGUCCCACCAAAUGUGGAUUCUGCAAAAUCUAUUUCUGUGAAUGAAUGUCCCAAAGAAUCCUACAGCCCAGAAAGUCAAAAAAGCUGUAAGGGCUCCAUGUUCUCCAAUAUGGUGAAUAAUGUCUCCGGGGAAACCAGAACAGUAUCUAAACUUCCAAAACAUAUUUCUCAAAUGUUUUCUUUGCUGCACCGAAGUUCCGAAGUACAGGAUGUUGUUGCCUCAAUUGCCACAGAUGAGUGCGUUUUUGAGGCUGUGAUGAAAAAUGAGAUGGUCGCUGAGUUCAUGAAAAAUGUCCCACCAAGUAAACAAACGAAUUUCUUUUUCCAUUUCAAUAGCUUUUUUUGUUUUCGCACAUAUUCAGCUCAUCGAAAUUAUUCUCUGUGCAUUUGUGGAUGUGGAUUCAGCAAAAUUUGUUUCUGUGAAUGAAUCUCCUGAAGAGUCUCAUCCAAUCCCAGAAAGUGAAAAAACUUAUAAAGGCUCCAUGUUCUCCAAUAUGGUGAAUAAUGUCAAGGUUAAGGUAUCGGAGAAGGCAAGUAAUAUAUCCGACUUCCUUCACGAUUUCCUGGCGAAGUCAUCAGGGAAUUCUGGCUCUCAGGGUGCCAUGCCAACAUUCAGCACAGCUGAAGCUCUUCACCCUGACAAGACUUCCUUUUUUGCAUUGGCAGUCGCUGCAAUUCUGAUUGUUUUUCUCAUGAGUUGAUAAAAGAGAUGAAUAGGGAUGUGAGCUUGUUCUAUAUAAUAAUAAUUUCAAUAGAACAUUAUCUCCAUGUAAUGUAAAUAUCUAUAUGGCCUUCUUUCUUUCUUGCUGAUGUUGCCUUUGCUUGAACAAGUUUUGAUUGGCUUUUAAAAGUCUCUGUUUCUACUGUGUAAAUUUCAAGUAGUAAUGCUUAUCAGCAAGAAAAUGCAUUAGAUAAAA